CAAACCUCUCCAUGUAUUUGACUGACAUAAAUACAAGGCUGAUCAGUUAACUGAAGAACAAAUUGUUGAAUUUCGUGAAGCAUUUCAAUUGUUUGACAAGGAUGGUGAUGGUUCUAUUACCACUAAAGAACUCGGCACUGUCAUGCGUUCAUUGAAUCUGAAUCCUACUGAAGCUGAACUUCAAGAUAUGAUCAAUGAAGUGGAUAGUGAUGGCAAUGGCCACAUUGACUUUAGUGAAUUCUUGGCUAUGUUGGCAAGAAAGAUGAAAGAUACAGAUUCUCAAGAAGAGAUUCAAGAAGCCUUCAAGGUAUUUGAUAAGGAUGGCAAUGGCUACAUCUCUGCUGCUGAAUUACGCCAUGUCAUGACGUCUCUUGGCGAAAAAUUAACAGAGGAAGAAGUGGAUGAAAUGAUUCGUGAAGCUGAUGUGGAUGGAGAUGGACAAAUCAAUUAUGAAGAAUUUGUAAAAAUGAUGAUGUCAAAAUAAUAAUAAUCAUAAUAAAAUUAUAACACGCCACGAUC